GAUAUAAUUGAUGCAAUAAAACCUAAAAAUACAUGCAUACAAGUGGACGGCCCGUUGCCUAUUAUGCAUGACUCACCCUUCAGUGAAGACUGUCUGGUGCUUAACAUAUGGACAACAAAUGUAAAGGAAUUAAAACCAGUAAUGUUUUGGAUAUAUGGAGGGGGACUUACUAUGGGAUCAAUAUUUCAAGAGUGGUAUAAUGGGAGCGCUUUGGCCACAAAGGAUGUGGUGGUUGUGUCCGUCAACUAUAGGUUAGGAGCGUUUGGUUUUCUAUACGGGGAUCGGGAGGACGCGCCCGGAAAUGUCGGCUUUUAUGACCAAUUAUUAGCUCUCAAAUGGGUUAGAGAAAACAUCCAAUCAUUUGGCGGAGAUAGGGAUCAGAUCACCAUUUUUGGUGAGAGCGCCGGGAGUUGGUCGGUGUCCGCACACAUACUCUCCCCGCUAUCUAAGGGUAUGUUUCAGAGGGCUAUUAUGGAAAGCGGGGCCACAAUGUAUAACAAGGAGAGGGUUGCUCUGAACAAAACUGAGGCUAUAUUACAGUCCAAAGUAAUAGCCAAACAAUUGAAAUGCAAUGAAAGCGAGGAUUGGAUACAAUGUCUGCGAAGAGCGGACGCCAGAGAUAUACUCAAAUAUUCUGUUGGUUUUUCGACAUAUCCGGUGUUUGGCACAGAAUUUCUGCCCAUUUCUACCCAACAGGCGUUAAAAGACAAGAAAUUCAACAUG